GCGAGCAAGAUGCAUUCCUAUCAAACUGUGGUGCUAAUAUUUUUGUCCAUCCAAUUGCUGCAGUGUGGAGCAGUACCAGUGCCCUGGAGUCCCAGCGCGGAUCCUGAGGAAACAGCUGGAUUUGUGGAAGGCGACAUGCAGCUGACAGAGGAACAGCAGCUGACAUUAGAGCAGGGUCCAGUGGGUCGCAAUGGUCUGAUUGAUACAACUAAACGUUGGCCCAACAGUUUGCUUGUUUACAAAAUAUCCGAUGACUUUGAUGCCGCCCACAGGCAGGCCAUUCUUCAAGGUAUUCAGACACUGGAGGAGACGACCUGCGUGCAGUUCAGGGAGGCCAAUGAAAAUGAUGUUGCCUUUUUGAGCAUAACAGCGGAUUCCGGUGGCUGCUACACGUCCGUCGGCUAUCAGGGCAAGCCUCAGCAAAUGAACUUGGAGAUAUAUCCCAUAGGAGAAGGCUGCUUUAGACCCGGCACCGUACUGCACGAGCUCAUGCAUGCGUUGGGCUUCUACCAUCAACAGAGCUCAGCACUACGCGACGACUUUAUCGAAGUCAUUGAGGAGAACAUUGUGCCUGGCAAGGAGUUCAACUUCAAAAAGUAUUCCGCGAACGUGGUUACCGAUUUCGACAUGGGCUACGACUACAACAGCUGCCUGCACUAUCGUCCUGGCGCCUUCUCCAUAAAUGGCAAGGACACGAUUGUGCCGCUCGAUGAAACAGCUGAGAUCGGACAACGCACGGGCCUAAGCGAAAAGGAUAUUGCGAAGAUCAACAUUAUGUACAAGUGCCCCAUUUUAAUUUAAGCGCCAAAAUGGUGGUUUCUACUCUGUAUUAUUGUUUUAGUAUUAGACCAAUGUGAUAUUAAUCUCCCCUGUCGCCAUACUCUA